AUGGCUAAACUCCUAGAACGCAGUAUCGCUUGGGUCCUCUACGCCCGUCGAGGCCAUGACAGCGGUCUCCUGCACCGAUCACCCCCCUUCGCACAACACCCGAGCCCGACAAUGACAGUGGAAUGUACUAUCGGCCCCUCGGAGUCGCCUAUUCCACCAGAAUACAGCGCCUUCGAGCACGGCCUUUUCCCAACCUUCUCAUGGACUCCGCCACCCAAUGCGGCCGAAUAUCUCCUCGUGGUGGAAGAUCCCGACGCGCCUCUCGCCGAGCCAGUAGUGCAUGGGCUGUACUAUGGAAUUCCCGCCAGCAAGACUAGUGUCUCGAGCACGGACUUUGAGCCUGUCGGAGACGACGGCGAAUUGCGAUUAAAUGGCGGCUUCAAAUACGGCCUGAACCGCAGAAGGAACGUUUACAUGCCUCCCCGCGGAUUCCUGGGACACGGCCCGCAUCGGUACUUUUACCAGAUUGUUGCGCUUAGCGAACGGAUCGAGCAGAGCCAGUUGAGUGCUCCCGCAACAAAGGAGGAGGUUGUUCGAUGCCUGCAGGAUAAGAUCAUCUCCAUGACUGAGCAUUCCGGUCUCACAACACAGCAAAACAACGGGGUUACCCGUCAGCUGUGCUCAUGGGUUGACCGUCUCAGACUGGCUGAUGUCCCCGAAGACCAGCUUGUACGGGCGAAAUACCUCAUACUUGACGGUAUUGGAUGCACCAUCGUCGGGGCUCAUCUGCCAUGGAGUGAAAAGGCUGCCCACGCCAUUCUAGACAUGGAACCACCGGGUGACUGUCCAGUCUGGGGAUAUAACAAGAAAAUCGGACCACUACCCUCUGCUCUUGUCAACAGCACCGCAAUCCAAGCCUUCGAGCUCGACGAUUGGCACUCCCUUGCUCCGCUUCAUUCCAACGCAAUAUUGCUUCCUGCAUUGUUCGCAGCGGCUGCGCAUCAAAAGGCACGCGGGGGACCCGCAAUCAACGGCGCAUCUCUCCUUUUAUCCACUAUCGUCGGAUACGAGAUCGGUCCCCGUGUCGGCCUGUGUCUGCAUGGCAGCCACAUGCUCACGCGCGGAUGGCACUCUGGGGUGGUAUUCGGGCAUGCGGCUUCCGCAGCCGCGGUCUCCAAGCUCCUUGGUCUUGGGUCGGAUGCGAUCGAAGAUGCUGUCGGGAUUGCGUGCACGCAGGCUUGCGGGCUGAUGUCAGCCCAGUUUGGCAGCGACGUGAAGCGCAUGCAGCACGGGUUCGCGGCGCGGAACGGCCUGUUCGGUGCGUUGUUGGCCAAGAGCGGCUAUACUGGGAUUAAGCGUGUGUUUGAAGAGCCGUAUGGGGGCUUUCUUGCGGUCUUUGGAGAGGGCUCCGGCAAAGAACCUCCAUUUCUCGCCGAGGAGUUGGUCAAUGGUCUCGGCCAGACGUGGCAGUUGGAUGCGAUUCGUGUCAAGCCCUAUGCAUCCAUGGCGGGAACCCACUGUAUCAUUGAUUCGGUCGCAGCAUUGCAGAGAGAGUAUCCAGAAAAGCUGAAGGAUUUGGAUGCUAUAGUAAGCAUCGCGAUUGAAAUGUCCGAGCCAGCGUGGAAACAUGGCGGAUGGAAGGCUCACCGUCCGUUGACUGCGACGGGUGCGCAGAUGAGCUGCGCGUAUGUUGCGGCUGUACAGCUUGUCGAUGGACAGGUUCUGCCGCAGCAGUUUCAGCCGGAGAAAGUGGACCGGGAUGUCAUUUGGAGGUUGGUAGACAAGACUGAAUGUUUCCAUACGCCGGAGCUGGGUGAGAAGUAUGAACAGCGAGUUACUGUCGCGUUUCAGGAUGGAAGCAAGAUUUCUCGACUGCUGGAGGCGCCGAAGGGUGUCAGUCCACCAUUGUCAAACGAGGAGAUAUUGGACAAGUUCCGCAUGUUUACAUAUGGCCUGGUUGAGAAAGAGAGGAGGGAUGCGAUUGAACAGUUGGUUCUGCGGAUAGAGUAUGUGGAAGAUGUCUCUGCACUUGAAGAACUGCUGUCAGGUCCGACAUUGAGCCCCAUUGCCUGA